AUGGGUGAUUUGCCAGAGGCGCGUAUUACCGAAUCGCGGCCGUUCAGGAACGUCGGAAUCGACUACUGCGGCCCAUUCUACAUCAAGGAGAGGAGGGACCGCAACCGACGUAAAAUCAAGACGUACGCCGCCAUAUUCGUUUGUCUGGCGACAAAGGCGGUCCACAUAGAGUUAGUCAGCGACCUAACCACCGACGCCUUCUUGGCCGCGCUACGCCGUUUCAUCUCGCGGCGAGGAUACUGCGCAACGAUCCUCACCGACAACGGCACCAAUUUCGUCGGGGCUAAUCGGGAGCUGCAAGAACUCCGGACCCUAUUGCAGUCCGACGACCACCAGGAUAGGGAAGCCGCAGUUAAAUCGUUCAAACGCCAUCUCAUCCGCGUGGUCGGCACGGAGCUCCUGACCUUUGAACACCUCAACACCCUUGUGAUCGAAAUUGAGGCCAUUCUCAAUUCACGCCCACUGACUCCCAUCUCAUCCGAUCCGAAAGAUCCCCCUGUCCUCACUCCCGGUCAUUUUCUAAUCGGUGAUACCCUAACCAGUUUACGGGAGCGUGAUUUCAGGACAGUUCCAUCAGGACGGCUAUCCAGUUGGCAGCGCAUUCACCAGAUUAAGCAGCACUUCUGGAGCCGAUGGUAUCGAGAAUACCUAAACGAGUUAACCCGCCGCAGCAAAUGGGACAAGGGCAAACACAACAUUCAUGAAGGCACCGUAGUAAUCCUCAGGGAGGACAACGUGCCCUCUAUGCAGUGGCCUUUGGGCCGCGUAAUCAAGGUCCAUCCAGGAGCCGACGGAAUCAUCCGGACCGCUACCGUGCAGACGGCAACAAGCAUCCUGGACCGCGGCGUCAAAAGACUGGUCCCCUUACCCAUCCACCCAGAUCCAGACGAGGCCGAACGCCCACACGGAGCGAAGGAGGUCACCAACGACACACCAGACUCCACAGCCAGAAUUUGA